AUGAAAUUUCCAGAUAAAUUUAGCGACGAAACAAAAAGAGUUCUUAAUAUAUGGGCUGACAUCAUUCAAAAAAGACAUCAAGGUAUCGAUGAAGAUUAUUCUGAUCCAUUAUUGGUUAUUGAAUAUAACCAACAGGGUCUGAGGGAUCGUCAGAUGACAGAGCAAGAUAUUGGAAAUGUGGUCAGAGGGACGGCUGGUUAUCCAAACAUUCCGUUUCCAAACCUCACACAUCAACCGCAAUCAGAUGCUGUUUUCGCAUUCAAUCAACUACAAGCGAUGGAUGAUGCUAUCCAUCAAUUAUUUCUGAAUUUUAGCAAUUAUAGGACGGGUAAACAAGAUGCUCCUGUUGGACGAGUUUUUGUUAUUGAAUUUCGCAGAGCCAAUACAUUCGAAGUUUCUGAACGGUUAGGUGUUUUUGAUUGA